CGUGGGGGAGAGAGAGAGAGAGAGAGAGAGAGAGAGAAGGAGGGGGAAAAGUGAUCGGUUGCGUUAUUUAUCAGAAACUCGGGAGGGGAGCGACAGAGGAGCCUUUUGCAAGGUGGCGCCUUCAAGUUCUGGCUGCAGAGUCAGACCGCCCCAUCUUCAGCCAGUCUGAGUCGGCCUAUGGGUGACUGGGAGCCAAAAGGUUAAAGGAAAGAGCGGGCAGUCCGAAAGGCCCAAUUGACUCUCCGUGUCCCGUGCAAACCCUCGCUUCCAGGCGUCAUUUCCGUGCUCAGCCUGUACAUCUGAUACGACUGACGGAGGGAUUCCUAAAUUGCAUCACUGUAUUCAUUUCGUGAAAUUGUAACGGUUUGGGGGGGGAAGGUACAGCAAGCUGGUUUGCAAAAAAGAAAAGGGAGCAUAAUACUUUAAACAUUUUCUAGAGCAAAAGUUAUCAUACAGAAGUAAACAUGCCUUCUGAAAUGGGAAAAACAGACAUGGAGAGGAUUGGCCUCUUUAGCGAAAUGGAAUAUAUUACUAUUGGAGAUAAAUAUGUCUCGCCAUUUAACCGCCCUUUUAAUGAAGCUGCAAGCAAGAAUAAACAAAUGCUACCAGGAGGUAUUAAAGAGAAAGGAGCCACCCAAGCAGGAUAUUUUGAUCCUCAGUUUUCAAGAAUUUUUGAAGGUGAAAGUUAUUCAAAUCCCGUUCAGUUAAGGAGAAGAUACCGAUUGGCUGAGGCAAAAAAAAACCUGGGAUCCAGACCCUUUCUUCCCAGUAAUGGAGAUAAAUUUCCGUGUGGCAUAGGAACCUACUACGGAACAAUUAGUGGCCCAUGUCCCUUCUUCAGUGCUCAGUUGAAAGAUAAGAUUGCAUAUAUACAACCAGGGAAAAAUCUCUAUACCAGUCCAGGGAAGAAAGGAACUGGCUAUGGGUAUCCAAAUCUCACCAUAGGUAAACCAUAUACACAUUCAGUUGAAUUGUUUGACAUAGGAAGAAUAAAUUUUAAGAAAAUAUCUGAAGAACAUCGCAAUCUGAUGAAAGGUGGACCAUUCAAGCUAAAUCUUUAUCCCCGAGAAUAUUUCGAUACAAAUCCUUACCAUGAUGAAGGGCCGCUUCCUCCACCAAAAAGGCCACCUGAAAAAGUACCCAUUCCACAUCCUUUUAAGCCAAGUUCUCCAGCUAAAAAGCCAGGAGGCAUGAAAGCAGGCACAUUUGAUCCAUUUCCAACUCAUUCUACAGACCCAUAUGGCGUUAGAGUGCCUAGGGCUUCCACAACUAAUAAACAAGGAAAAGUAUUUCACCCUAAUGCUGGAACUAAGAGCAGACCAGUAAGAAGUAUUAUGGCCUUAAACAUUGAAAAGUCAUUAAAUGUAACUAAUUACAUGAAUCCCCGUGUGAUGUCAUAUUAACUGCAUAAAAGCAAAGUGAACGAAUGAACUUUCUGGACUGCAAACAGUAACAGCUCAAGUAAAUAAAAGUUUUGUGGCUGAGGGA